AUGUUUGGCAGUGGUUCUCCCCCGAAAGACAGCGCCGUAAGUGACGGGCCAGACUCCAAAGCUACAGUACCAAGUACGAGCCCGAAAGAUACACAUGCGAAACGCUCCGAGGACAAUAACAGCACGGCAAAUCGUGGUCACAAUGGAAGCCCGCAAGGACGCGCAUCUGGGGACAGCUCAGAUAAGACGAAGCGUAGGAGUAGCGGGGUAGGAGGAAAAGCCAGUGCUAUGGUUGCGAGUGCGAAGAAUGCUUUGCAUUUUAGUCCAAACCCCAACGCUGCGCCUUCAAAGACCAGCGAUCCAAACAAUACGCAGACACCUUUACAAAAAUUAGGCAAGCAGGAUCCGGCGUUGAGCGUUCCUCAAGGUCAGCAGAACAAUUCCGCUGGCGAGUCUGUUCCUGGGCCUAGGUCGACGUUCUCGGUCGGAGUAUGGGAAGAUAGAAAUCGAAAAUGUCGUCGCACCAUGGAGGAUACGCAUGCGUUUCUAUACAAUUUCCUCCAUACUCCAGCUCCAGCUCUGGCUGCGGAAAUCACUCCUACUGCUAGCCAAAAGUCGAAAUCAACAGACGAAACCGCCGUGGAAUCUAGCUCAAGCUUAGUUUCUAAUAGCGAGAUGAUGGAAACUGAUAACGGCUACUUUGCCAUCUUUGACGGUCAUGCUGGUACAUUCGCCGCGGAUUGGUGUGGAAAGAAGCUUCACUUGAUUUUGGAGGAGAUUAUACGUAAAAAUCCCAAUACCCCCAUUCCUGAACUACUUGACCAAACUUUCACCACCGUCGAUUCUCAACUAGAAAAACUUCCACUGAAGAACAGUGGCUGUACCGCAGUCACCGCUGUACUCCGAUGGGAAGACCGGAUACCAAAUUCACAGUCUGCUACAGGCUCGACAGCCAUUGCACCAGCCACGGCUGCUGCUGUCAAGGCUGCGGAUGAGGCUUCCAAAACGGAAAAGAAGCAUGUUGAAAAAGCCGCUGAUGGUGUGGUUGAUUCGACUAAAUCUUCUUCAGAAGGCACCAAUUCUGAAGCACAGCAUGCUAAACUGAGGACUCAAGCAACACGCCAGCGUGUUCUUUACACUGCGAAUGUUGGAGACGCACGUAUCGUACUUUGCAGAAACGGGAAGGCUUUGCGAUUAUCAUAUGACCACAAGGGAAAUGACGAGAAUGAGGGAAAGCGAAUUUCAAAUGCGGGAGGGUUGAUUCUCAACAACCGAGUCAAUGGAGUUUUGGCCGUCACUCGAGCUUUGGGAGAUGCGUAUAUGAAAGACUUGGUCACAGGUCAUCCGUACACAACCGAGACUGUUAUCCAACCGGAUAUUGACGAGUUCAUAAUUCUCGCGUGCGAUGGGUUGUGGGAUGUCUGUUCCGAUCAAGAAGCAGUCGACUUGAUUCGUGAAAACCAAGAUCCUAGUGCAGCAUCAAAACACCUUGUCGAACACGCCUUGGCUCGAUUCAGUACCGACAACCUUUCCUGCAUGGUCGUCCGUUUCAACAAGACUGCUCUCAUGACGAGCACCCAAGACGCAUCUGCUGCGAUUGGUGUUGAAGGCGAUCCAGCCUGUGAGUCUGGCAAGAUCAGUGAAGCCGAGAAAAUCGUCUCAGAGGCCAAGCGCAAGGUUCAAGAAGAUGGGAUCCCAGCUGUAGGCGUAAGCGGGAGCAACAGUGGAAAAGGUCACGACCCAAAAACCAUGGAGGAGGAAGAACACAUCAAACGUAUCAGCAUGGAGAAGGUCGUCGAGGAAGAACCAUCUCUUGUCGAGGGCGAUACUCCAGAAAUGGAUAUCAGCGGUGGUAACGCUGCGGAUCCGACGAUCAGGGAUAAACUCAAGUUACCACAUGGCGCGCCUAAAUAG